AUGGCCAUCGACAAAAAGAGAAAACGGACCGAGGCGCCCGGUGCUAACUUCAAGCGUCAAAGGAGCAACGCCGGGAAGCGAGUGACGAGCGUCGACUCCCUCGCAUGGAAGUCGGUUGAGGUCCCGGAAAUGUUCAAUGAUGCCGAGGGCUUUUACGGUCUGGAAGAGGUAGAAGGCGUGGACAUCAUACGGGAGGGGAACACUGUCAAGUUUGUGAAUGAGAGCGACAAGUUUGAAGGGUUUGAUGACGCUCCGGUGGAAUCCGAGGCAAUCUCUGAGGGAGACUCCCCAUCCGGAUCUGCAGAGCCGAAGGCACCUGCACCUUCAAAGAAGGCGUCCAAGGCUCAGCUCAAAGACUCCGAAACACAACAAGCGGACGUCAAAGCCCAAAGGAAAGAAAAGAAGGAGCAAAAGGCCGCAAAAGUUGAGUCCGUCGACGCAGACCCCGAACUGGAAACAAAUGUCUUCGCCCAAGCCGUUGACCUCGCCGAGGACGAGGCCGAGGACAAUGACAUCGACAUGUCCGAAUGGGUUCCGCUCGACCUGUCUCCCCAGAUGCUAUCGUCCCUUGCCCGCCUUAAGUUCUCCAAGCCAACAGUGAUUCAAGCCCAAGCAAUCCCCGAAGUCAUGAAUGGGCACGACGUCAUCGGAAAAGCAUCUACAGGCUCGGGGAAAACCCUUGCUUUUGGCAUUCCAAUCGUCGAGAGGUGGUUGGCCAAGGCGGCAGCGCGCAAGGAGAGUUCUGAGACGAAGCAGCCCAUUGCAUUGAUCCUCUCGCCCACCAGGGAACUCGCCCACCAGAUCGCCGACCAUCUCAAGCGGCUAUGUGCUGGUCUCACCACCUCCCCCUACAUCUGCUCCGUCACCGGCGGCCUGGCGGUUCAGAAGCAGCAAAGACAGUUACAGAAAGCCGAUGUUGUCAUUGGAACUCCUGGCCGGAUGUGGGAGAUCAUGAGCUCAAGCAACUCGGUCCUCGGAGCCUUGAGAGGCAUUGAUUUUUUGGUCAUAGACGAGGCGGACCGGCUCCUUAAGGAUGGCCACUUCAAGGAAGCAGAGGAGAUCCUCAUAGCUUUGGACCGGACUGGCCCAGGAGAGGAGGAGGAGGAAGAGGACGAUGAAUCAGACGGGGAGCCAGCAACCCGCCAUCACCGCCAGACCCUUGUCUUUUCGGCUACCUUCAACAAAGCCCUGCAGCAAAAGCUUGCCGGCAAGGCCCGGUACAACCUCAUGGGCGAUGCGGAAUCCCUCGAGUACCUCCUCAGAAAGCUCAAUUUCCGGGAACCUCGGCCCAAGUUUCUCGACACUAACCCCGUCUCCCAAAUGGCGGAGAAUCUCAAAGAAGGCCUAAUACAAUGUGGCGACUCUGAAAAGGACCUCUACCUCUACGCAGUGCUCCUUCUUCAACCCACCCGCCGCGCCCUGGUGUUCACAAACUCCAUUAACACAGUCCGGCGCCUGACGACCUUCCUCCAAAACCUUAACCUCCCGGCGUUCGCCCUCCACUCCGACAUGGAGCAAAAAGCCCGCCUCCGGUCCAUCGAGCGUUUCAAAGCCGACAAUACCAAGACAAACCAAACCUCCUCCAUCCUUGUUGCGACCGACGUUGCCGCCCGCGGCCUCGACAUUCCCAACAUCGACCUCGUUAUUCACUACCACGUGCCCCGCUCCGCAGACGACUACGUGCACCGCUCCGGGCGCACCGCCCGCGCCACCAACUCGGGCGUGUCAGUGCUCCUCUGCGGCCCGAAAGAGGCCGUGCCCACGCAGCGGCUAAUCGCCAAAGUGCACGCCGCCGCGGCCGUCAACAUGCCAAAAUCCAAACUCGCGAGCGCCGGUGUCGGCGUGCAGACGAUCGAUAUCGACCGCAGGCUUGUCGCCCAUCUGCGUCCCCGCGUGGAUCUUUCCAAGAAGAUCACCGAGACGACAAUCGCCAAAGAGAAGGGCGCCAAGGAGGACGACUGGAUGAAGAAGGCGGCCGAGGAGUUGGGGGUCGAGUAUGACUCGGAGGAGCUCAAGCAGGCUGGGUCGUGGAAGGGAAAGGGAAGCGGAAAGAAACAGCGGGAGAAGGAGGCGAGAGGGGUGAGCAAGGCCGAGGUGAAGCAGUGGCGUUGGGAGUUGAAGGAGUUGCUCAAGAAGAGAGUCAACACUGGUGUCAGCGAGAAGUAUCUCUCCGGGGUGGAUGUUGACGCGUUGUUAAGGGGAGCAAGGGGAGAUUUCCUGGGGCAGGUUAAGGGUCUAGGAUUGUGA